AGACCACCGGUGAAUAUGUCGCUAAAGAUCCUCUCCAUCACUCUCCUCCUGCUCUUUGUGUGUGUGUGCUGCCACUCCUCUAAAGGUACUCGUCGUCGUCAUCCUGGAAGGAUACCACCGUGCUGCCCUGCAGUCACCAAAGGCAAUAAGAGAGGUGAUGUGGUGGGGGAAACGUAUCGUGAGCAGGCUGCAACACCACCCUGUGUGAAGGCUAUAAUUUUUAACACAAAAGAUGGACAACAACUUUGUGCUGAUCCAGACGCUCAGUGGGUCAAAGAUCUCACUGCCAAAAUGAGGAAGGUGUGAAGCCUGUCUGCUGCAUCAGUAUUUCCAGUAUUUCCAUCACCAUUAAAGGCUUAUUCAAAC